AUGGCAAGAGGGAGGUCUUUGGCGAUCCUAUCUCUUCUCGGACUAACUGCAGCUCUGCCAGCGGACCCGACUCAGGCGGCCCUAGAAGCCAUCGCGCUGGUCACUCCUGCACCGACACCAGUUCUACUUGGAGGCGAGCCGGUAUACCGCCGCGAUGUCGUUGACUCAAUCACCGCCGAGGUCAACUCAUACGUAAACGAGAUCUUUUCAGAACUCGGCACGGCCAUUCCAUCUUAUGUCACAGAGGGAAUUCUACCCAAUUUUGCGAGCUUGCCAACUGGCAGUGCAGUGUUGAGCUCGGCCAACAUCAGCAGCGAUGAACUUGCCGCAUCACCGACAUUGGUGCUCAACAUCCCCAGCUACGCCAAUUGGACCAACAACACGUGGAAUCUGCGGUUUCGUGGCAAUGUAUACAAGCAGCCCAAUCUCUCAAACGGGACAGUAGACCGGCUUGCCAACUUCUUUCUGAUCGAUACGGAUAUCCAGAACCUGACUACUUCGGAAGCUGACCAGGCACGCAACUUGACGAGGGAGAUCUAUGUUGUUCAGCAGGGUGACUUGAACGUGACAAUGAGCUUGUUUCCGGCACCUUCGAAUGGCGGCGAUGGCGAGUCUGGUGGCAGCGGAGCUGUCACUCCUGCUGGAGGACAGCAAACCCUCCAGCUUCCUUAUGAGACUACGCCAGAAGGUGAUUUCGAUGUCUUCGUGCCGAUUCAGUCUGAUGGACUGGCAUCAGGUGACGGGAAUCGCCAGCCUCAGCGGCUCAACGUGUACGCCAAUGGUACCGACAACUUAGGAAACGCAACAUCAUAUCUGGUGUCUGAGGAAGGCCUGACCAUCAUCUCAGACAUUGAUGAUAUCCUGAGAGUGACACAAAUCUACGAUCCGAAGGAUGGCCUCUUCAACACCUUCGCUGCGCCGUUCACUCCAUGGAUGAACAUGCCCGAUAUCUAUCGCAACUGGUCACAGAGUCUGCCAACGACACACUUCCACUACCUCACCACCACUCCCGAACAGAUCACUCGCAACUACGAGCAGUUCAUUUACGACACAUAUCCUGGCGGCUCUUUCGAUACUCGACCUCUGAACUUCUCCGACGUCAGCGCCACCCUCUCGAUCCGCAAGUACCUGCUCGACAAGGUCUUUCAAACUUUCCCCAAGCGAAAGUUCAUUCUCGUCGCCGAUACAUCCAACUCAGAUGUCAUGAGAGACUAUCCUGCAAUGGCCACGGACUAUCCUGGGCAGGUCCAGUGUAUCUUCCUUCGUAACACGACUGCGACAGACCCGAAAGAUAAGUUUCCCUAUAACACAGAGGGCUUCAAGGACCUCGACAACAGCACAUACAUGUUCUUCUUGGUGCCGGACGAUUUGAUGAAUCUGGAUAUUGCGAACGGGCAGUGCGUAAACGCUUCGAUACCGCAGAAUGUUAGUUUCAGUUAUCAAGGAUUGCCAUUUGGGCUGAGCAGCAAUCCUGCCAAUGCGGUGGUUCCGGGCAUUGCAUUAGACGCGGCUAAGCUGAUAAUGCUCGUGUCAUGGGCUGUGAUGAUACUAGCGUAG